CAAUGAGCGUAGAAACAAGGAGGUGGUCAUGAUGUUAUGUCUGAUCGAUGUAAACAUCAGCAGAAUUUCAGAAAUAAUCAGCCGUCCUUUAGAUUUUAAACCUUGAUGUUAAGCGUAUUCACAUGUGCCAUGGCUUUACAGUGCAGUGUCCAGCACAGGGGGAAUCCAUGAGCAGAGCAGGGAAACACUGCUGCCUCAGAGUGGUGACAGAUGCACGGUUGUAGUAGAUCACGUGAUCUCGUCUCAACCUGCCACCCCCAGGCAGCUCGGCUCAUGUCCGUGAGAUGCAGUGAGUGGGGAGGGGCGGGGAAUGCCCUCCAAUCCGUGACCGUGCUGCUGCCUACGGAAACGGCUGACUUGAGCGUUUAGCCUGUUUCUCAGUUCAAAUGGGCGCCAUGCUGUAUCCAUACAGCCUGCUAUAAAACAGAGGAGCUGCACUGAACGAAGCAGCGCCGCGCGAGUCUCUUUGCGUUUAAGCUGAGCUCACGCUAGGCUGCGUCCUUAUAUGGACCCGUGUUCAGGACCUCGGACAGCUCCACGCCUUAUCGGUACUUGUAGUUUUCUUAGCCAAAGCCUGAAUUGGCGUCUACAGCUAGGCGGACUACAACUUCCAUAAGCCCUUGCGACCGGACACCCAUUUGUACGUGUCAGCAUCGUCGGACAUGGGCCACAAGGCGUCGUAGUAACCAAGCUGAAUUGGGAACUCCAACCCGGAGCCCAUAUUCCUCAAAAUCCUACGCCAAGGCUCGAGCUCAGACCCUGUUUGAGCCGCAUGGGCUGCGCUGAAUUCGCUUUUGGAGGAUUAUCCACGGAAAACGAGCGGCGCUUUUUUGUUCCCUCCUUCAAGAGUGGGUUUUUUGUGAAUCGUUUCUGCUCUUGAGUAGUUUCAGCAUCAUGUGGCGCCGUUCGGAGAGGCGAACUUAAAGGAAGAAGGGAUUUUUGUUUUUCUGGGAUGGUGCAGGCGACCAGCGAUGCGGGACAGUGGUCAGAAAACCGUGCGUUUGAUCGCUGGGCUCGUGGAAAGGGGCGACGCUGAAACUGGGUGUUAAUGCUGCAUUAGAGAGCCACUGGAACCUGGAUGUGUUCACCGCGGAGCACCUUCAGUCAUUUACUGGGGCUCUUCCUGGAUCUUCUCGCUGCCUGUAAGGUCUGACCAGUAGGUCCCAGGCUUGGGGCAUCCCGUAAGCUCUUGAUGAAUCGCCAGAGACUAGCAGUCUAGCAACCAUAAGCUCGAACUGUGGUUGCACGAUGGGUUUAAUCCUUAGUAGCAACGACCGUUUAUAGUAAGUACAUGCAAAUGUAGGCUAUGCGUGCUUCCUUAAGUUACGUCUGUGUUCUAAAGACGCCUGGCCGCGACUUCUAACGCACAGCUGUAAAGCAGAGAGAUUGGGCUUAGCAGCACACGCCCAUCCCUCCAUCAGGCAGCGGACCUGGACAAGCUGACAGCCUGUGCUGAAGCCGUCGUUUCCUGGGCUCGGCUCCAGCUGCUGCUCCCAUGCUGCACGGUUGGAGUUGAUGGUGAAUGUGGGAGAGCAUGGCCGAUAAGACAGCUCCACGCUGCCAGCUCCGGCUCGAGUGGAUCCACGGUUAUCGUGGCCAUCAGUGCCGCAAUAACCUCUUCUACACGGCGGGCAAGGAGAUAGUGUACUUCGUGGCUGGAGUGGGCGUCGUGUACAACACCAGAGAGCACAGCCAGAAGUUUUAUUUAGGACACAACGACGAUAUCAUUAGUCUCGCUCUGCACCCUGAUAAGAUUCAAGUGGCUACUGGUCAGGUGGGGAAGGAUCCGUAUAUCUGUGUGUGGGACUCGUACACACUGACCACCGUAUCCAUCCUGAGAGAUGUCCACACGCACGGCGUGGCCUGUUUGGCUUUUGACGCUGAUGGGCAGCGUCUGGUGUCUGUUGGUCUCGAUGCCAAAAACACUGUGUGUGUUUGGGACUGGAAGAAAGGGCGCGUCUUAGCUACGGCUACGGGACAUUCUGACAGGAUCUUUGAUAUAUCCUGGGAUCCAUUUCUGCCGCACAGGCUGGUGAGCUGCGGAGUGAAGCACAUCAAAUUCUGGACAUUAUGUGGGAACGCACUGACACCUAAAAGGGGAAUCUUUGGUAAGACGGGGGACCUGCAGACCAUUCUGUGCUUGGCCACGGCAAAAGACGAGGUGACAUACUCAGGGGCUCUGAACGGAGACAUCUAUGUAUGGAAGGGGCUGAACCUAGUACGGACCGUGCAGGCUGCUCAUGGGGCUGGGAUCUUCAGCAUGCACGCCUGUGAGGAGGGCUUCGCCACUGGGGGGCGGGACGGAUGUGUGAGACUUUGGGAUGUGGACUUCAAACCCAUCACCAAGAUUGACCUCAGAGAGGCAGAACAGGGAUACAAGGGUCUCUCUAUUCGUAGCGUGUGUUGGAAGGCUGACCGUAUCCUGGCUGGGACGCAAGACAGUGAGAUUUUCGAGGUGAUGGUGCGGGACAGGGAUAAGCCUCUGCUGGUCAUGCAAGGUCACUCGGAGGGGGAGCUGUGGGCACUCGACCUGCACCCCAAACAGCCAAUUGCAGUCACGGGUAGCGACGACCGAUCUGUCCGGCUUUGGAGCCUAGCUGAUCACACGCUAAUAGCUCGCUGUAACAUGGAGGAGGCUGUCCGCAGCGUGUCCUUCAACAAUGAUGGCUCUCAGCUUGCACUGGGCAUGAAGGAUGGCUCCUUUACUGUGCUUCGAGUGAGAGACAUGACGGAGGUAGUGCACAUUAAAGACAGAAAGGAGGUGAUUCACGAGCUGAAGUUCUCUCCUGAUGGUUCGUACCUGGCGGUGGGAUCCAACGAUGGCCUGGUGGACAUCUACGCUGUAGCUCAGCGCUAUAAGAAGGUGGGUGAGUGUAACAAAUCCACCUGCUUCAUCACCCAUCUGGACUGGUCUGUGGACAGCCGCUUCUUGCAGACCAAUGACGGCGCCGGGGAGAGACUCUUUUAUAGGAUGCCAGCUGGGAAGUUCCUUCCUAAGGAGGAGGCCAAAGGGAUUCACUGGAUGACCUGGACUAGUGUCUUUGGGCCAGAGGUCAAUGGGAUCUGGCCCAAGUACUCCAAUGUCAACGGCAUUAACUCUGUAGAUGCCAACUACAGCAGUGCUGUGCUGGUGACGGGAGAUGACUUCGGCCUGGUCAAGCUUUUCAGAUUCCCCUGUCUAAAAAAAGCUGCCAAAUUUAAGAAGUACAUAGGUCAUUCUGCCCAUGUGACGAAUGUGCGCUGGUCAAAUGAUCUGCAGUGGGUGGUGAGCACAGGCGGAGCUGACCACUCUGUGUUCCAGUGGAGGUUUCUGCCUGAGGGUGUGAUGAAUGGUGUACUGGAACCCCUCCUGCAAGAGGGCUACGCUGACUCCAACAGCGGCGAGUCCGACUCUGACCUGUCUGAUGUUCCUGAGCUGGACUCAGACAUCGAACAGGAGGCUCAGAUGAACUAUGAGCGCCAGGUAUAUAAGGAGGAUCUCCCUCAGCUGAAGAAGAAGCUGGUUGGUUCUCUGAAGAGGCAGAAAGCUCCAGAUGAGGGGCUGCGACUGCAGUUUGUCCACGGGUAUAGGGGUUGUGACUGCAGGAAUAAUCUGUUCUACACGCAGACUGGUGAGGUGGUAUAUCACGUAGCCGCCGUGGGUGUGGUCUAUAACAGACAACAGCACACUCAACGUUUUUACCUGGGCCAUGAUGAUGACAUCCUCAGCCUCACCGCCCAUCCGCUGAAGGAUUAUGUAGCCACUGGUCAGGUGGGGAGAGACCCAGCAAUUCAUGUUUGGGACAUUCAGACCCUGAAGUGUUUGUCCUUGCUGAGAGGUCAGCACCAGAGAGGAGUGUGUGCACUGGAGUUCACAGCGGAUGGGAAGAGUUUGGUCUCGGUGGGCAUUGAUGACGGCCACUCCAUAGUGAUGUGGGACUGGAAGAAGGGUGAAAAGCUGGCCAAAGCAAGAGGACACAAAGACAAGAUCUUUGUGGUGAAGGGGAACCCGUUUCGUAUGGACAAGCUGGUCACAGUGGGCUUAAAGCAUAUAAAGUUCUGGCAACACACAGGUGGAGGCUUGACAUUUAAAAGGGGAAUAUUUGGCAACCUGGGCAAGCAGGAGACCAUGAUGUCAGCAUGCUAUGGACGCUCUGAGGAUCUGGUGUUUUCUGGUGCCACAACAGGCGAUGUUUACAUAUGGAAAGACACUUCACUAAUAAAGACCAUUAAAGCUCACGAUGGCCCAGUGUUUGCCAUGUGCUCACUGGACAAGGGGUUUGUGACCGGAGGUAAGGAUGGAAUAGUGGAGCUGUGGGAUGAUAUGUUUGAGAGGUGUUUGAAAACCUACGCCAUCAAGAGGGCAGCGCUUUCCCCAUCCUCUAAAGGGCUGCUGCUGGAGGACAACCCCUCAAUCCGAGCUAUCACUCUGGGCCAUGGACACAUCCUGGUAGGCACCAAAAACGGAGAGAUCCUGGAGAUCGACAAGAGCGGCCCUAUGACUCUACUGGUUCAGGGCCAUAUGGAGGGUGAGGUUUGGGGUCUUGCUGCUCAUCCUUUGCUGCCUAUAUGUGCCACUGUGAGUGACGACAAAACGCUCCGCAUCUGGGAGCUAUCCGCCAAUCAUCGGAUGGUGGCCGUCCGCAAACUUAAGAAAGGCGGUAGAUGCUGUGCCUUCUCCCCGGAUGGGAAAGCCUUAGCGGUGGGUUUGAACGACGGCAGCUUUCUGGUGGUGAAUGCUGACACUCUGGAAGAUAUGGUGACCUUCCACCACAGAAAGGAGAUCAUCUCUGACCUUAAGUUCUCUCAAGAUGCUGGAAAGUACCUAGCAGUGGCCUCCCAUGAUUCAUUUGUGGACAUCUACAAUGUACUGACCAGUAAAAGAGUGGGUAUCUGUAAAGGAGCGACCAGCUACAUCACCCACAUCGACUGGGACACCCGCGGUAAACUGCUGCAAGUAAACACUGGUGCCAAAGAGCAUUUAUUCUUUGAAGCUCCCCGUGGACGGAGGCAGAACAUCUCCACCGCUGAGUUUGAGAAGGUGGAGUGGGCUACGUGGACAUCUGUCCUGGGUCCUACCUGUGAGGGAAUCUGGCCUACGCUUAGUUUCGUCAAUGCCUCUUCACUUACCAAAGACAGAAAGCUGCUGGCUACUGGGGAUGACUUUGGCUUCAUCAAACUCUUCAGCUUUCCCUCGAAGGGUCAGUUUGCCAAGUUUAAGAAGUACGUGGGCCACAGUGCCAAUGUGACGAAUGUGCGAUGGUCCAAUGACGACGCCAUGCUGCUGUCGGUGGGUGGGGCAGACAUGGCGCUGAUGAUCUGGGCGAGGGAGGGGCUUGGACCACGCGAGAGUAAAGCCGUUGACAGCGAGGAGUCGGAUGAUGAUGCAGAGGAAGAUGGAGGGUACGACAGUGAUGUGGCCAGAGAGAAGAACAUGGAUUAUACAACUAAAAUCUACGCUGUCAGCAUCAGAGAGAUGAGUGGAGUUAAGCCACAUCAACAGCAGAAGGAAAUUCUUGUGGAUGAGAGGCCUCCGGUAAGCAGAGCAGCUCCAUUGCCAGAGAAACUGUUAAAGAAUAACAUCACCAAGAAGAAGAAAAUAGUGGAGGAGCUGGCACUGGACCAUGUUUUUGGAUACAGAGGCUUCGACUGCCGUAACAAUCUACACUACCUCAAUGACGGAGCUGACAUCAUCUUCCACACAGCAGCUGCGGCUGUGAUUCAGAACCUGUCUGCUGGCACGCAGAGCUUUUACCUUGAGCACACAGACGAUAUCCUCUGCCUCACUGUCAAUCAGCACCCCAAAUAUCAAAACAUCAUUGCCACAGGCCAAAUAGGCGAGAUCACUGAUCUGCCAGGCCUGGCACCCUCAAUCCACGUGUGGGACGCGAUGAGUAAGCAGACGCUCUCUGUGUUACGCUGCUCCCACGCUAAAGGUGUCGGCUAUGUCAACUUCAGUGCCACCGGCAAACUGCUGCUGUCAGUGGGAGUCGAUCCAGAACACACCAUCACUGUGUGGCGCUGGCAGGAAGGAAGUAAAGUGAGCAGCAAGGCCGGUCACUCUGACCGAAUCUUUGUCGUGGAAUUCCGGCCGGACUCAGACACCCAGUUUGUGUCUGUGGGUAUCAAACACAUCAAGUUCUGGACACUGGUGGGCGGCUCUCUGCUGUAUAAGAAAGGAGUGAUUGGAGCGGUGGAGGACGGCAGGAUGCAGACCAUGCUCUCUGUGGCCUUUGGUGCUAACAACCUCACGUUUACGGGUGCCAUCAACGGCGAUGUAUAUGUGUGGAGGGAUCAUUUUCUGGUGCGUGUGGUGGCUAAAGCUCACACUGGACCUGUUUUCACCAUGUACACCACCCUCAGAGACGGCCUUAUAGUCACAGGAGGCAAGGAGAGACCGACCAAAGAGGGCGGAGCGGUGAAGCUGUGGGAUCAGGAGAUGAGGAGAUGUCGAGCGUUUCAGCUGGAGACUGGCCUCCCUGUAGAGAGCGUCAGAUCCGUCUGCAGGGGGAAGGGUAAGAUCUUGGUGGGGACGAAGGAUGGAGAGAUCAUUGAGGUUGGAGAAAAGAAUGCUGCCUCGAACACGAUGAUAAAUGGACACACGCAGGGUCGAAUCUGGGGUCUGGCCACACACCCCUCCAAAGACGUCUUCAUCUCAGCCAGUGAUGAUGGAACCAUCCGCAUCUGGGACUUAGCAGACAAGAAACUUCUGAACAAAGUGAGCUUGGGUCAUCCAGCCAAGUGCACCGCAUUCAGCCCCAAUGGGGAAAUGCUGUCCAUCGGAAUGGAGAACGGAGAGUUCAUCGUAUUGUUGGUCAGUUCACUCACCGUGUGGGGCAAGAAAAGAGACCGCAGUGUGGCUAUUCAGGACAUAAGGUUCAGUCCUGAUAACCGGCUGCUGGCCGUGGGGUCUGUGGAGAGCGCUGUAGAUUUCUAUGACCUGACGCUGGGUCCUUCCCUCAACCGCAUCGGCUACUGCAAAGACAUCCCCGGCUUUGUCAUCCAGCUGGACUUCUCUGCCGACAGCAAGUUCAUUGCGGUUUCUACAGGAAAUUAUAAGCGGCAGGCCCAUGAGGUCCCCAGUGGUAAGGUGGUGGUGGAGCAGGCCAUUACAGAGAGAAUCACCUGGGCUUCCUGGACCAGUGUCCUCGGUGACGAAGUGUUGGGUGUGUGGCCACGCAAUGCAGACAAGGCCGACGUGAACUGCGCCUCCGUCUCCCAUGCUGGGCUGAAUGUGGUGACCGGGGACGACUUCGGCCUGGUCAAGCUCUUUGACUUUCCCUGCCCUGAGAAAUUUGCCAAACACAAGCGCUACUUCGGGCACUCGGCUCACGUGACCAACAUUCGCUUCUCCUACGAUGACAAAUAUGUGAUAAGCGUUGGAGGCAACGACUGCAGUGUAUUUGUAUGGAGAUGCAUUUGAUGGGAGCCCAGCCUAUAGUAACUGAGCAUCAAUCAAGAGGGAUUCCUCCCCAAUACCUCCAGUAUCUGAAUGCUGCAUACCUUCAAUGCUGCAUAUGAUCGCAGUGUGUGUGGAUGGGUUCAAACCGUGGCUGACUGCGCUGCCGUUCUACAGCAGAAACAGUGUGUUUGUCACCAUUCCAUCAAGUGUAAUGUUUACGUUCUCAUGUACUCAAGAGAAAAAAAACAAACGCAUAAUCAUGCCAAUAUUUCAAAAGAGAUAAAUGUAUUAUUUUUUGGUUUUGACAUGAAGUGCCUUAAACACACAGUUUGCUGAAUUUAGCCCACUAAAUGGUUAAGAUGCAUAUCUGGUGCUAUAUGGAACAUGUCAAUUUAGGGCUUUGAAUGGUCUGUAAAACUUCAUGUUAUGCAAAUUGUUCAUUUUUUUAUUUGAUAUUUUUACAUUGUGGUCAGAUAUAUCCAGUUACUAAAGUUCUUCCUCAUG